CAACCCCUAUCGCUAGUGGCCGAAGGGCCGUCGCUCUUCCUGCCGGGGAGUCGCCUACGCCUACUUCCUCCCGGGAGGAGGGGCUCGAGUUCCGCGUCGUCGCGCAGAGCUGACUCUGGGAGGCGUUUGGGCCCGGAGAAGUGGAUCGGCCGCUUGCGCCGCAUGGAGUCCGAAUCGGAAAGCGGGGCUGCCGCUGACACCCCCCCACUGGAGACCCUAAGCUUCCAUGGUGAUGAAGAGAUUAUCGAGGUGGUAGAACUGGAUCCCGGUCCACCGGACCCGGAUGAUCUGGCCCAGGAGAUGGAAGAUGUGGACUUUGAGGAAGAGGAAGAGGAGGAAGAGGGCAACGAGGAGGGCUGGGUUCUGGAACCCCAGGAAGGGGUGGUCGGCAGCAUGGAGGGCCCCGACGAUAGCGAGGUCACCUUUGCAUUGCACUCAGCAUCUGUGUUUUGUGUGAGCCUGGAUCCCAAGACCAACACCUUGGCAGUGACAGGCGGUGAAGACGACAAAGCCUUUGUGUGGAGGCUCAGCGAUGGGGAGCUGCUCUUUGAGUGUGCAGGAGGAUGGAUGGAGUGGCACCCUCGGGCACCUGUCUUACUGGCGGGCACGGCUGAUGGCAACACCUGGAUGUGGAAGGUCCCGAAUGGUGACUGCAAGACCUUCCAGGGCCCCAACUGCCCAGCCACCUGUGGCCGAGUCCUCCCAGACGGAAAGAGAGCUGUGGUAGGCUAUGAAGAUGGCACUAUCAGGAUUUGGGACCUGAAGCAGGGAAACCCCAUCCAUGUACUGAAAGGGACUGAGGGUCACCAGGGCCCUCUGACCUGCGUCGCCACCAAUCAGGAUGGCAGCCUGAUCCUGACUGGCUCUGUGGACUGCCAGGCCAAGCUGGUCAGUGCCACCACUGGCAAGGUGGUAGGUGUUUUCAGACCCGAGACCGUGGCCUCCCAGCCCAACCUGGGAGAAGGGGAGGAGAGUGAGUCCAACUCGGUGGAGUCCUUGGGCUUCUGCAGCGUGAUGCCUCUGGCAGCUGUUGGUUACCUGGAUGGGACCUUGGCCAUCUAUGACCUGUCUACGCAGACCCUUAGGCAUCAGUGUCAGCACCAGUCGGGCAUCGUGCAGCUGCUGUGGGAGGCAGGCACCGCCGUGGUUUACACCUGCAGCCUGGAUGGCAUCGUGCGCCUCUGGGACGCCCGGACUGGCCGCCUGCUCACUGACUACCGGGGCCAUACAGCCGAGAUCCUGGACUUCGCCCUCAGCAAAGAUGCCUCCCUGGUGGUGACCACGUCAGGAGACCAUAAAGCGAAAGUAUUUUGUGUCCAGAGACCUGACCGUUAAUGGCUGCUGCCUUUGCCUUUGUGUCUGGUGUCGAGGGGGACGAAGGGAGCCCCCCCACCAGCAGAGGCGGUAGGGUACAGAGGGAAGAGGAGGGGAGGGGGCCUCGGACUACUUUCCAACCCCUUCAGCUGACUUGCCCCCUCUCUGUCCUUUUCUUCUUUUUAAAGACCCAGCCCUGGGCCCCCACCCCUUCCCCUCGCCCAGGCCCGGCGGCCCUUCCGGGCCCUUCCGAGGCUGAGGCUGUUCAGGCCUCUGUCUCUUUCACUUUCACUUGCUGGUGUGAGCCAUGGGGGUGUGUAUUUGUAUGUGGGGAGUAGGUAUUUGAGGUUCCCGUUCUUUCCCUUCCCAGGUCUCUGGGAGUGGAAAGGAGGAAGAGAUACUAGUUACAGAUUUUAAAAAUGUAAAUAAAAUAUACUUCCCAGA